UGGCAGGCGGACAUGAUCCCGCGGCUCCUGUCCCUCCUCUGCUUCAGAUUGUGUGUUGGCCAAAGAGACCCCCCGGGAGAUGGGUCCCUCCCCAAGCCCACCCUCAGCGCCUGGCCCAGCUCGGUGGUCCCCGCCAAGAGCAACGUGACUCUGCGGUGCUCCAGCCCCGUYCCGGGGAUCCGAUUCCUUCUCAGAAAGGGACCUGAUAUUUUGGAUUCCAGGCUGCCACUGGGUCCCACUAAGACCACGGCCGAGUUCCUUCUCACUGAGCURGGACCCCGGAGUGCUGGGCCAUACACCUGCGAAUGCUUCUGGGGAGGGUUCUCUGGUGUGACCUCUCAGCUCAGCAACGUCCUUCUGCUCUUGGUCACAGGGUAUUUGCCUAAACCUUCCCUCCAAGCCCAUCAUGUGGGCCAGGUGACCGCAGGGGGAGAGGUGACCCUGCAGUGCCAGAUACCCAGCACCAUGGUGCGGCCUUUGGAGUCUGCCCUGCUGAAGGCCGGGACCCCCUCGCCCGUGCAGCUGCACCGGCCAGUGGGGUCGGAGUCAGACUUCUCCCUUCAGGGCGUGACAGUCAAUGACACGGGGACCUACAGCUGCAUCUACUACCAGGCAAGGGCUCCCUUCUGGGCCUCGGACCCCAGCCCUGCCCUGGUCAUCCUGGUGACAGGGCCAAGCCCAGCAGCAGGGAGGCCUUCCCCGGGGGCCUCGUCCGAGGGUUACACCAAGGGCAACCUCGUGCGGCUGGGAGUGGCGGCCGGCGUCCUGCUGAUGGGGGUGGUCCUCGUGCUGGAAGCCUGGCAUGCCGGAGGGGUGCCACACKCUCAGCCAGGUCUCCAGUGGGCGCUAGGGCUGGAUGGGGARUGGGUUCACGCCCGGGAAGGCGGAGUGCAGGAAUGGAUGGCCCUGCGGGGGGUGCAUCAGAGCCUGGUGCCUGAGGCUGUGCGCAUCCUGAGAUACGGGAGCCCAGGCGCAGGGCUUGGGGACACCCAGCCUACUCCAGGAGAAAGACAGUGCUCCGCGGGUAUCUCCAAGGCUGCCCUCUGA